CCCUGUUUUCUGCUCAUAUGGUGGCUACCGAAGCGCUUGUUUCGAUUUCUGUGUUUCUCUUUACAUCACGUUCACAUACUUGAUAUCGAAAACAACAACCGCAAAGGGUUGUCGCUUCCCAAACGUCCAGUAUAGAAGGAGUAACGAGUUGUUUUGUCUUCGCUUAUUAGCAUUAGCCUUGUUUGGUUGCUGUUUAUGCUAGCUAACAUGGUUGGUGCUGCUUGUUGUGUAACUAACGUUUCGAACGCGGUCGAGCUUCAAGUAAAUAGAAACAACGUUCCAAAUGUGGUUCGCUUGAUUUACGCGCUGCUCCUGUCUUGUGGUCGUGCGUGGACGUGGGUUCAGAUGGUUGAGAAUGGACUUGGUCCAGGAGCACACGGCUACCUGGCCCUAGAGAGCUACUUGAAGAAUAAGCUGCUUUUACAUUAGCUAGCAUGGCAAGCUAUUGGUUAACUUCUCCAGAAGGCCUACAUAACUCAGUUGGCAGUUUAUGAGGAAUACUUACCGUAAACUAAGACAAUACAUGGUUCUUUCGUUAAGGUUACUAUACGUUUUUUGUUGAAACUGCUUUUAGAGAGGUGUUAAUUCAACUUUAUGGUCAUUCUGGAGACUGUAGUUAGUGGUACUACUUACUUGCUUACAUUAUAAUAAGGUGUUUUCUGAUAUUUAUUGAUCCUAAAAACGGCAAAUUACAGCCGCGAAAUAUCAGACACACAGAGCACAUAUAUAAUAUACAUGAAAUGAUAGGAAACCAUAUACAUGAAAUAAUAAAUAGGAUAGGAUACAAGAACACAUAUUAAAAAUAAGUUGGGAAUAAAAAUUUACAACUACUUUUAAAUAGUAUUAAUAAAGAUGGAAAGUAAACCUAUUUUGGAGGGUGUGAUGUUUUGGUAUAUCGAAUACUCUGUUGUAUGUUCUUAACCCAAUUUAUCAGAGGAUAUACCAAAUAAUAGAAACCCCUAUCAGUGUAAUGUAAUACAGUUCAACAGCACUAUGAACUACACCCUUCAAAAUUACCUGUUCAUAAUUGAACAUGGCAACAAAAAAAUAUUCAACAGUUUUCAGUACAAUGGAUUACUUUGUCUUCUAGUAAACAUUGAGCUUUAUGCACUCAGCAGGUCAACAAACAAGCUAGGGCUUAAGUUCAGGUGGGACCGGUUUAAAUUAGGCCUUACAAUAGAGACAACUGUUUCCUUGGCUCAGCAAAUCCAGCAACCCCUUCCUCCUGCAUGUUAAUAAGCUCCAAACCAACCCAGGGGCCCAGGAACCCCAACCAGGCCGGGCCAGUCCAGGAUCCCAGCCCAAAUUUAUCCCUCCACAAGCCAUCUUUUAUACUACUAAUGGGAAGGCUUCAAUACACACCUGGUGUGAGCUUCACUGUCCGCAGCUAGUGACAAGAGGGAGCAACAAACCUGCUUCUUGGGUUGCAGGAGCACGGUGGAGGAGAGGGUCUGAGGCUGAUUACUCCCCCCAUUAGUCUUUGAGGAGGGGGGGGAGGAAGAGGAGGAGCAAGAGGGAGCUGCUAUAACCACCCAGAGCAUGGGGCAAAAAGUCCCAGGUGGUAUUAAAACCAUUGAUAUGCGGGAUCCGGCAUUCAGCCCCCUGAAGCUGGAGCUACAGGCCCUGAGUCACACCAAGCCGUCUCGACUGGAUCUGCUGCUGGACAUGCCACCUGCCAGCGUGGACGUCCAGGUCCAGAACUCAUGGAACAACGAUGACCGCUCCCUUAACAUCUUCGUCAAGGACGACAACAAGCUGGUGUUUCACAGGCACCCUGUGGCGCAGAGCACGGACGCCAUCCGGGGCCAUGUUGGCUAUACAAGGGGACUGCAUGUGUGGGAGAUCAGCUGGGCUAUGCGUCAGAGGGGCACACACGCUGUGGUCGGAGUGGCGACAAGUGACGCCCCGCUGCACUCGGUGGGCUACACAGCUUUGGUAGGAAGCAACGCCGAGUCCUGGGGCUGGGACCUGUGCAGGAGUAAACUCUACCACGAUGGCAAGAAUCACCCAGGAAAAACCUACCCGGCCUUCCUCGAGCCAGACGACACCUUCAUAAUACCAGACUCCCUUUUAGUAGUCUUAGACAUGGAUGAGGGAACUCUGGGUUACAUAGUAGAUGGACAUUAUCUAGGGGUGGCAUUCAGAGGACUUAAGGGCAGGAAGCUGUACCCAGUGGUGAGCGCCGUGUGGGGACACUGUGAAAUAAGAAUCCGGUACAUAAAUGGACUUGAUCCUGAACCCCUCUCUCUGAUGGAUCUGUGUCGGCGUUCAGUGAGGGUGGCAUUAGGAAGAGACCGUCUGGGUGAAAUCCAUAGACUGCCACUGCCGGCCUCUCUUAAGAACUACCUGCUCUACCAAUGACGGCGCUGACGGUGACCGCACGCUCGGCACACCUUCGUCUCUUUCACAUGUUUCUCUGGGAUCCUUCUAGGGUUGAACCCGUUUGACAACAUUGCUCUAGCCUCCAGUACUGACUCAGCCUUCAAGUAUGCUUCUGUGUCAGUAGCUGGACACCUUUUUUGAGUUUCUUAUCCUGUUUUUAUGACUCUUUGCAAUUGUAUUCUCUAACUUUAUAAAAUCAGGAAUCACUGAGCACUAUGCACAUGCUGAUCCAGGCGAUGCCCUGACAGUCACCAUGUUGGUGUACCUCCUCCAGUUUGUAGGUUAAUGUGGCAUAUGUGGUCGGUUUCUCUGCUGUGACCUGCAGACUUUAUGGUAAUGAAUUUAUAUCUUGUAGCCUUUUAAAUUGAUGCGUUAUUGGUUGUGCUAAAACUAAAUUGUGUGAUGGGAUUUAAACUUGAGAGUUGGUGCAGAAAUACACUGCUAGCCUCUGACCACAAGGUGGCAGCACACACACAUCAACCUGUACAUCCUCUCAAAUUGAGAAUUAUAACAUGAAAUCCUAGUUGCUUUUAGAAGUUUUUUUUUUUUUUUUUUUUUAAUGGAUACUAAAUAAAAUUGCAUUACACACAACGCAGAAGAGAUGCUGACCACUCCAUAGAGAGUCUGUAGUGCAGUGUGGAGGAAUGCACUUUUGGGCAGCUGAAGAGCAGCUCCGACCACUCACUGCAUUAUCAGGUUUCUCUGCGAUAUGGAAGUUUACCCCAUUGCUUACCAUCAAGGCAUCCGUCAGGAGCAACAUCAGCAGGAAUUUUAGGAUAAUGUCACUGUGAUUAUUUGUAGCAUGCAUCUGCAGGAAAUCUUUCAAUACAAUCAUGUCCUUUUUUAUAAAAAAAAAAAAGAAACAUUUGUCACUCCUGCUUUUUGUAGUGCAGUAGAUUUCAACCACAUGCUGUCAGGGCCCAAGAGUGCUGUGUUUUUUUCUUUUUUUUUUUUUUUUUUUUUUUAAAUUCCAACAGUCUCCAUCAGCUGAUUUCACUGGUUUGCACAUAUUCAGCCAGAUAAUGGAAACUAACCAAUGACAUAUCCACUUAAGUGGUUCUUUGUAAUGAAAACCGCUGCUACUCUUGGGUCUCACUGGCACAUAGCUGAGCACCAAUGAUGUAGUGUUUGUUAUGACAUGUUAAGGGGGAAACAAAGGGGUUGGGGAAACGGACUGUUGGUGAACGGCGGCGUGCCUGAAUCAGCAAACUUUAGAUUUAAUGCACCGUAACGACAAGACAAUCCACAAAGUGCUGCACAAAUUGUAAUAGAACAUCGGAUUGCCAACCUAUUAAAUGCCAUAUCAUAGACCUGUUGACUAGUAUUUUUUAAUGUGCAGAUGUGCUCCUUAAUCAGUUGUCAGCUGGAUGUGGACAUACUAUGUCACACCUUAUUUUCCUUGCUUGCAGCUUCCAUUUUAUUUGUAUUCCAUGUUGUAGAUUUGUUUAAGUAUCUAUUAAAGUUUAUUUCAAAGUGAA